AUGACUAUUGGCGACUAUUGGCCUUCAACAAUCAGCAAGGUUUGCAUAGAUGAUUUUCUGUGCUGCUCAGUCACCUCCCUGCACCUUCAGGGCCUGGUAUUCGGAGUUCAUCACGCCAGAUGUGGCGGUGCAGUCCGGAAGGGCUACUUUCGAGUACAAGCCCGCGCGCUCAGCUGCAGUCUAGGUCCUGCAGUCAAGGCUAGGAGAGAUCUGCCAAUGCUCCUGAAAUGGUGCGAGGUGCAUGCAAACUUACAAAAGCAGCUGUUCCAGCUCAGGCUCACAGUGCUGUACUACCCCAUGACUCACUUCGAAGUCAUGGUCUACUUUGCCUUCCCUAUGGAGCUCCGGCCUCAGUCGGCCUGCAGUGCUUCUGUUUCCUUGGGAAUGCCGAUGAAUUCCAGGUUCUACGUGGGCUUCUAUGUCUGCAUGGGCGUGUUGAGUGUGGCCAUGGUCCUCGUGCUUUGGAGCUACCAUCGCUUCAUGUGCCGGCUCUCUUACCCUCCGAGGCUACUCGACUUCCGACACUGGACGCUGUUCAGCGUGCCCCAGCUUCGGGCCUUCAUCAUGGUGUUCUCCAUCUUCUUCACGCCCGUCUUCAUAGGAGUUGGGUUGCUGCAGGGUGAGGUGGCUGGCAACAGGCUGCCAUGGCAAAAUUGCCCACAGGGAGAGCUCAAGGCAAAUUGCUUCUUGGGCAUCCUGGAGAUGAUCCCCAGCUCCUAUGACCCAGAGACCGAAGUCAGCGCGACCACCUUCGGGGAGCGGCGUACUGGCCGAAUAGGCACGUUGAUGAUUUGCCUGGCGGGCUACGCGAUCUCAUCCUCCUUGAAGCUGCUAGUGCCCGCGGCUAUCAGCAACUACUACAAGCGUGAGGACAAGUCCGGUGCCAGCAAGCUGAGGGAGCUUAUCAAUGAGGAGCAGGCAGAAGAAGCAGCAAAGGGCGAGCGAAAUGAAUCCGAAAGCGAGGCCGCCAGCCUCAUCAUGGCUACUUCUGGGUGUUUCAUGUUGCUGUUGAUUUUCGGCGUGCCCCUGCGUGCCCAGGCUCAAGUGAACCCACAGACGGAGGCCAAGAGCGCGUGCAUGUUGCCCUUAAAGAAGGAGAUCGGAGCCUGA